GUAAUUUUAGUUAUAGGUUAAGUUAUCUAUUAUUAGUAAAAAAUGUAAUUGUAACUUAAAUUACCAGUGUUAUUGGUUUCAAACCAAACAUGACAACUUCUCCUACCAGGACCAAACAAAAAUUAUCUUUGCGUAAACGCUUAUUUGUUAAGAAAUCUCCAAGAGUUGGCUGCUAUGUUGAUACUGAUUCCAAUGACGAACUUAGUCAAUCUACGUCUCGUCCAAUGUCCCCUGCAGAUCCUUUCCUAGCGCAGAAUGCACAGUGUAAUGACCUGAACACAGAUAAGACAAACCGAACCAAUUUAGGUGUAGAACUAAAUACAAGCAGUAUAAACCAAAGUACUGACAACUGUAGCAUCGAUGAUGAAAACAAUCCUAAAUGUUGUAAAACUUUCUUCAGAAAAUCACGGCCCAGAAGCUUGGCGGAAGGGCCUAGUUCUAAGAAUGGAUCAAAUUCUAAGCCACCUAGUCCUUUGAAUAAUUCUAGUAACAGUUUUAGCGAUCAAACAAUAUCUGGUGCCCAAUCGAAAUCUGAUGAAAUUCCGAAAGCUACUGUCAAUUUUCCUAAUAGCAAUGGUGACGAUAAUUGUUUUGAACAUACAAGUUCACUAGAAGGCAUCAAACCGAAAAGCAAAUUAUUUGUUAAGCGUUUGUCUGCUGACCACUUGAUAUCCAGUAACACUAAGCCUCUAUAUCGUUCCUCAUCUCCAGAGAGUGAUAGAAGCAGUUCUUUGGAUCGUAAAAAAAGGACUAAAUCAACCAUCACUCGGUCUGCUUCUCGUGCUGGCAGCACUGACAGCUUGGCUCGCAACUCACUGCUCGCAGCACAAGUGCUGCGGCUCAUUCCUACUCAGGAGGCUAGGGAAAGAAACUAUUUGUAUGGGAGGUUGGCAUCACAUUCCUUGCUGGGGGCCGCAGAGUUGGAACAUGUCUUUCCUGAUAGAGAAGUUAAAAUUUUUGUUGGAACAUGGAACAUGAAUGGACAGGCACCACCAAGGGAGUUGGCAGAUUUUAUAUUUCCCAAUCAAGUGAAACAUGUACCAGACAUCUUUGCUAUUGGUACACAAGAAUCUUAUUCAGAACGAACUGAGUGGGAAAUAACAAUACAAGAAGUUUUGGGGCCAUCACAUUUAUUACUCCAUUCUUAUUAUUUAGGAACAAUCCUUCUAACAAUAUUUAUAAGGAGAGAUUUGAUUUGGUAUUGUUCUCUGCCUGAAGACGCUAGUUUGUCAGUGCGGCCCGGCACCGCAUUCCGUACGAAGGGCGCUGUGGCGAUAUCCUUCGCGUUGUUUGGUUCCACUUUCCUAUUUGUAACGGCACACCUCACGGCACACCAGGAAAAAGUUAAAGAAAGAGUAUCUGAUAUCAAAAGAAUUAUCAGAUCUAUUGAUUUACCUAAAAACUUACCAUGCAAGCAUAGGAGUAAAGAUGUAACAAAUAAUUUCGACUAUGUGUUUUGGUGCGGUGACCUCAAUUUCCGAUUGGGAGAGCCCCGCGCUGCUGUGCUGCGUUGGAUUGAGCAAACUGAGUUUCCCCUGCCGGCGUACUUGCCGCACGGACUGCUGCACGCCGACCAGCUGACCGCGGUGCUGGAGGACGGCGCCGCCUUCCGGGAUUUCCGGGAGGCGCCGAUAACGUUUCCACCAACAUACAAAUACGACCCUGGCAGCCAGCAGUUCGACACGUCGAGCAAGCAGCGCGCGCCCGCCUACACUGACCGCAUACUGUACAAGACGCGUGCGCAUACCGCGUACAACGCCUCCAACACGUCCUCGGCGUUCUCCGGUCUGCGUCGCAUCAGCACUGCGACCGCUGGUAGGGGUGGGGGUGGGGGUGGGGGCGGCGGUGCGGUGUCGGGGGCGGGGCUGCGCUGCCUGGCGUACAACUCCGCGCAGUCGGUGUGCACCAGCGACCACAAGCCAGUGUGGGCGCUCUUCUCCGCCCCGCUGCGACCCGGUACAGACGUAGUGCCUUUAGCAGCAGGUCUGUUCAACAGAGAGGUGUACUUGGAAGGCAUAAAGCGGCGACGUGCGCUGCUCGACCACGCUCCAGGCACCUCCGCGGUAUGUGCUAUACAAUAGCCACUGUUACUUUAAACUAGUCGUCCAAAUACGAAUAUUUCAGAUAUUAAUCUUGUUGGAAACAAGUUAAAUGUAUGUGAAUUGGUACAAAUUGCCACUAUGA